UUUAGGUCUGCAUGUAUCGAAGUAAACAGGUCAUUUUCGAAUCAGGAGCUAAUAUAAUCUCAUCAUCGAGCACUUUAUAAUGACUUUUGGAAACCAUAUGAUAUCAAAACAGUUAGCGCUUGGAAAGUUAUUGCUAUGAUUAUUUAAAAUUGGUCGAUCGAAGCAGUCAUUGAAGAAACUGAAGAUGAAAAAGUCGAAGUCAAUACAAUUUGGCCGAAAUGAAGAGGAUGAAGUUGCAGUGACUGAUAUGGAUUCAAUGGACAAUAUAGUCGUGGUGCGAGACUCUUCUGGUCGCGGGCCGACUAAAUCUACGAUUUUACAAACUCGUGCUUUACCAAUCACAGAUUCGGUUAAAGAAGCGGAAAUAUUGGAAAGUAUUGAAGCAGCAUAUUUCAUUGACGAAGGAUUCGAUGCAACUGACUAUGAACUUAAAAAAGUCAUGGAUAGGGAUAUUUUACCAGAAGAUCUAACAGGAGAAAUGGACAAAUUAAAACAACAAUUACAAGUUGUUUCUAAACGAGUGUCCGCAAUGAUUAUGCAGGACUGGCCAUCUUAUUCAUCCCAGCUGAAAGAUAUCGGCGAAAUCCAAAAAGACCUAGAUAGUAUUCUUUCGGUAAUGAAGAACAUGCGAAAGAAACUUGGUCAAGCGAGACUCGAAAAUCAAAAUGGUCUGGAAAUAAUCGCAAAUUAUAGAAAUCGAAUAUUUCUAAAGAAGUUGCUGUCGUCCCUCGAAGGCAUUAAAACAUUAUAUGAAGUGCAGUUCCAGAUUAAAGAUCUUGUCCAGGAAGAAAAUUUUCCUGCAGCUAUUAAUAUGUGUUAUGAAGCACAGAAAGCUACAAUAACUUUUAGCCGGUUCAAUUGCGUCAAAGAAUUAUCAGCAAAGUUAUAUGAGACUCUAGAAGACAUCGAAAUAAAUUUGGACAAUUGUUUGGCGUCAAUGACGAUUUUAUUCAGUGUUGAUCGUUACUCAUCGAUUUAUACUGCUUACAAGCUGUUAGGCAAAGUUGAGGAAUGCGCGAUGAAAGUAGUUGACUUUACUCGUGCAACUUUGGAAAGUUCGGCGAGAACGGUUAUCAUUGAUAAGGUAUUGUCAAUUAAAACUGACGCAAAAAUUGAUGAAUUAUCAUAUGAGCAGCUUUGUGAGACUGUGGACAUGGGGCAGAUAUUAGACUGUGUGCGUGAAUUGGGAUUUGUUAUUUGUAAAGUAUUGUUCACAUAUCAUUCGAUUUUGCUUUUUCAUAUAGAUGAAGAUGAAAGGUUGGCAUGUGCACACGAAAAAUGCGAAAAUGUGGGCGUUGUUCGUAAAAUUCUCGUGGAUUCUUUACAUUCUAUUUUCAAGACUGCAUCAAUAAAAUUCACCACUUUGUUAUAUUGCCAUGAUCUCUCGCUUUUAAAAAUCGAUCAGUUUUUGGAUAUUAUUGGAAUGUCAAACCGAUUCAAGCAGUUUGGCCGCACUUAUUUUGGCAAUAUUUGUGGUGAAGUUACGAUGUCACUAGAAAAGCAAAGUCAUCAAUACUUCAAGAGAUUCCAUUGUGAACGAAUUGAUGAGCUACGUAUGUUUCUGGAAAACGAAGCUUUUGCUUUAUGUCCGGUGCCAUUGCAAUUCACUUUGUUCGAUUUGCAGGAGUUCAGUUUCUUGAAAGAAUCGGAUGAAUAUCGAGGAAGACUGGAUUCUUCUGUACGUAACGAAAUUGAUCUUGAUUUGACUGAACCCUUGGACUUUCAAAUUCUUCAGCCGACCGAUGUAAAUCCUUUCAUGGUGGGAGCUACAGAAAUGGAUUCGUCUGCUAAAGAUGUAGAUAUCGCUAUUAUUGCAAGUACCAAGAAUUCGUCGGACGAUGAUACGGAUAAUGACAGGUAUCACGUGGAUGAUAGUUUCUCACAGCUGGCUCCGAUUCUUUGUAACACAUCUUUGAAUCUCUUGCGCUUUAUUGGAAAGUACAUUCGGAUGACGCAUAUGCUUCACUCAGUUGCUGAUCAAGCUGUAAAUGCUAUUUUUGAACUCUGCAGCUACUUUUUCUUUGCAGUAUAUUCGUUUUUCGUAUCAAACGCGCAUAAUGUUGCCGAUUCUUUUUUCUCUUCCAACUUAAAAAAUGUUAUGGACAAUUUAGAAAAUGACUUAUUCAGUGAUGAUUCACCUUCAAAAGGUGCAAGCAAAUUUAAAUGUUUUCCAUGUACAUUAUUACAAGAUGUUAAGCUUGGUUUGGGACCUACUUAUGCCUUACGUGAACGCAUUGUUGGUGCUGAAUCUGUAAAUUUUAUUUGUAAACAACUUGAUCUCAUGCAUCCAGUCAUCGAAUCGCUGGUUAAUUGUGAUGUCAUCGAGAAGUACUAUACAGAGAUCCUGACUGUGAUACCACAAAUGCGAGAAUGUAUUUAUGCUUGUGCAAUAAGCCGUUUAAUCGAUUAUGACUGGUUUGUGAAUGAUAUAAUGACAACGAAAUGGGACAUUGAUCAACUCCAGUCGCAGCAUAGUUCCUAUGUUGAUAAUAUUUUACAGGAGUUUGCAAGAAUUAAAGAUUUGCUUUCGGAAAUCGCAGAACAAAUACCAAUUACAAAACCCGUCCAAAAAACAUUUUGGAGCACAGUUAUAUACUGUACAUUUAAUGCACUUGUCAAAGGCUAUGGAGAAUUUGGGAAGAAAUGCUCGAAUGAAGGACGUGCAUUAAUGCAGUUAGAUUUUCAACAGUUAAUUGCAAAACUCGAACAACUUGUCGAUUUUAUGCCCAUCCCACACAAAGCAUAUGUUGAAAAUUACAUCAAAGCUUAUUAUUUACCUGAAAGUUCGAUGGAAUCAUGGGUUCUGCAACACAGAGAAUACACGACGAAUCAAAUUACAACACUAUUGAAUGUAGCGACACAUAUUUCGAAGAAAGCUCGGAUUCGAAUUAUUAAUGCACUCGACGAAUAAUAUAAGGAUAAUCUGUUACUAUUUUUUCUUGCAUUUAAAUUUAGGUGCUUAAUUUAAACUCGCCUUUGUCAGCUUCGUUGUUUUUAAUCACUGUUGAAUUGUUUGAUUAUCUUUCAGUAGUGUGAACACGUGAUAGUUUCAUCUUUCAAAAAAAUCCGGUUAGAAAAUACAUACAGCUAAAAGUCACUUGACGAAUAACAUGUGGUUGUUCAAAGAUAAUGUUUGAAAUUCUUUUUGAUGCCCUUGACAGAGAGCCUUAAUUAAUGUUUAGGAAAAAAUAAUGAUUUGUGCUUUCAACAGCUUUAUUUUUUCCGAACCCUUUUACUUUCAGCUUGCAUAACCUGGUCCUAAAGAGAAUUUUUAAUGGCAAUAAUGCAAAGGGUUAUAUGUCACUUUUCACUGUUUUAAAUUUAGAAUCUUGUUUUGGUUUAUAUACUUGUGAAUUGCUUCCUUCCAUAAAUAAGCUUGUAAAAAGAAGGAAAAUUUAUUGGUUUGACUUUGCGUUUUUGACGUGAGCUAUGAUCUGAUUUUUGAGCAUCCUCGUAAUUCUAGUGUUUUUGGUGAAAAAGUGGAACAUGGGGAAAAGUUUUUUUUUUGUUUUCGAAACUCGAAUAAUUAACAUUAAUGUGAAUGUGAUAGAGGGUGCUUGUUGCUAUUUAUUCUCUUGCUGUGGAAAUAAAUUCCGAUCUCGAGUUUUGCUGGUUAGUUAAUCGUGGUUAGUUUGCUUUUUGGACGUUUAAAAUGCGAGGUGUCGAACAUUGAAAAUAUCCGACUGAGUAUUUUCUUUUGCUGAUAGCGUCUUCUAAAUAUUGAUGAAGAAAACUGAAUAUGGAACAAAACUGAAAAGCUUGAAAGAAUGAAAUGAAAAAAAGAACAAUUUAUGAUGGAAAGAACAAAUUAAAGAAUAUUCGUUAUAAAUCUCGAUACUGCUUUGUACUUCAGUUGUUUCACAGCACGAUUUCGUUUUUCCCCUCACUCCAUCUUUCCAUACAGUAUUGAUUCGAAGAGCAGGAGCUGAGCGUAUGAAGCCGAAUUCCGCAUAAAUCAUCAUAAACCAUUGAUUUCCAAAAAGUUACGAAGAAGAUGAAUGCAGAAUGAAUCACACGAAUGUCAGCAAAGCGGAAAAUUUUCCUUUGAAAAUCGCGUUUGUCAAAAGCAAAACACAUUACCGUUGAUCGUCGAACUGCAGACUGCUUUCGAUUGUCUCAAUAAACACUACUUAAUUCUUUGCUCGACUGUAGCCCGGUUAGUUGAGGGCGAUUAUGUUUGAAAUUUAGUAACUUUCGAAGCUUGUCCAUUACAAACGGUUUUUUAAAAAGCGCGUUGAACCUGUCAUUAUGGAUAUUAAUAGGAUAUAUUAGUAGUAGGAGAUCAGAAACUUGCUUCUAAUUCUUCUCUGUCACCCUACCCAUCAUAUUUGAAACUUUUGAAAAGAAUAAUUUAUUCUUCAUCUCCUAUCUUCACAAUUUAAAUGAAGUUGUUUCAACAGGAAAUACUUGGGCUUUUCCUAGAAAAGAUCAAAUUUUG